CAAAUUUCAAUUUUACUCGCACAAAUUUGCUUUUCAAGAAAUACCAUAAUAUAUUUAUUACGAAACGGUCUUAUUUUCAAGAAAUUGAGGAUUUUGUAUAUCAAAUGGAAGAUCGCAAGGAGAAGAAUGCACCAAGGCUAUCCGUGCCACAAUUUGGUGACUGGGACCAGAAGGGAGCAGUGCCAGACUACUCCAUGGACUUCUCAAAAAUCAGAGAAAUGAGGAAGCAAAACAAGAGGGAUCCAUCGAGAGCCAGUCUUGGAAAUGAGGAGGAGCUCAUCUCAUCGACCGCUAGAGUUUCAGACACAAACAAAAAUGACCACCACCACGACUACCAUCAAAAUCACUCUCCAACUUCGAGAAGGAGCUUCUUCAGCUACUUCAACUGCUGCGUGAAGGCUUGACGUUUAUGGAGCAAUUUGGGGCAUUUUGUUAUGACUUCUAUUUUGACAAUGCUACAUGAUGUUGGUUUUUUUCUAUGUUUUGAACAAGUUUGUAUUGAUCCGAUUGUUUAUUUUAUGUAGUUAACCCUUCUGCUCU